GACCUGAAUUAAACCAUUUAAAAAUGAAUUAUUCUGUUGAUCCCCGUAGAAAAGAAAAAAUUAAUCGCUACAAGGCACCAAAAAACCAGGGACAAGGCGGAGGUGCCAAUGAGGACAUGAUGCCCGACUAUAUGAAUAUUUUGGGAAUGAUUUUUUCAAUGUGUGGUCUGAUGAUGAAGCUUAAAUGGUGUGCCUGGUUUGCACUCUACUGUUCUUGCAUUAGCUUCUCCAGCUCACGCGCCAGCGACGAUGCCAAACAGGUGUUAUCUUCCUUCAUGUUAAGUGUAAGUGCUGUGGUCAUGUCAUAUCUGCAGAAUCCAGCUGCAAUGACGCCGCCAUGGGCCUCGUAAUAAAUUGUAUAUCACCAUUUGGUUGCUGCUAGUUAAAUGAGUGAAACUUUAUUAUUAUCCAAAAACUCAAAACAAUUGCUUGGAUGUGUAGAGAGUAAAGCUCUAAAUAAAUUAUCCGCGGAAGUUUGUAAUAAAUUU